UCCAGGUGGGUGAGAAAGAUCUCUGGGUGGGUCUUCACACAGGAAAAUAAAGAAGAGACGAAGCUGCCAACGCUCGCCGACCGGGUUGCUUUAAUCGCCCGACCACCUUCAGUCGUUUAGAGCAAUUGGGUUUCGAAUUUCAAAUGGUCUUUAGAGGGAGAGGAGGAAGAGGACGCGGUGGAUUUUCCUUCGGAAAGCAGCAGAAAUUUGACCUAUUUCCAGAAAUCAAGGAUGAGAACUUAGGUAAGGCAACCAUGCUUACCGAAAGGAGAUCUCUAGCACUUUCAUAUGCAAGGCUGAAGAGGUAUUGGAAUUCCUCAGCAUACUUUUUGGGUGAUGACAUUGAUGUUUCAAACAAAACAAAAGGCAUGGAUAUGGAAAGGUUUUCAGACAUGAAUUCAAAUAGAUCUAAAGCAAAACCCCCACUUUUGGAUUUCAUCUUGAUUACCCCAGACUAUUUUCCUGCUGAAUUGGUAAAAGCUGAAAGGAAGACGAAACGUCCUGCAAAAAGAGUUCGCUGGACUCAGGAGGUAGAUUUGCAAAAGUUGGAUGUCUUUGAGAAGCUUGAACAGAAGGGCAUUGACCAGGAUGAAAAGAAAUCUGACGAUGAAAAUGACGAGGAAGAAGAAGAGAAUUCUGAGGAAGAUGAAGCGUCUAGUGAUAAUGGUGACUAUGAGCAAAAUGUUCAUUUUGACGAUGAUGACGAUGACUUCAACAUGGAUGAGGACGAUGCUGAUGAGCCCACAUAUGAUUGACGUUUCUCGGCUAUGAGAGAGGUAACCCUUUGCAAACUGUUAUUACAAUGCCUUAUGUGCACAUGAUUAUGAACAAGACUAGUAAGCGUCAACCUCCCAUAUGAAUGCAUAGGACUUAUACAAUUAACAAUUGUAUGUUUUACUCGAAAACAGGAAAACAGCUUAGAAGAUACGCCAUAUGUAUUAUUUCAUCAUAACACUUUUCGGGGUCUGUAUUAUUUUGGAGUAGUUUAUAUUUACAAACCUAUAUAAAAAAACUAUGAGGUGUAUCCUGUAUGUAGUUCAAUGUCUAGAAAUGAUUCGAGACAAGAAUUAUUUAUGAUUAUUUCUUAGACCAUCUGAGCAUUAGAUCCUCUUAAAAAAAUCAAAAUACAUUUUUUUUAAUUAGAGGAUAAGAUAUAACAUCAUAAAUUCCGUAGUGUCAAUAAUAAAAAGUGUAAACAAAUAUACUCCACUGUAUAGUUCUUAUUAUACAACCAUAGAUAUUAUAAAUAGAUAGUACAAAAUUGUAAAAAUUAUAAGAAGUCUUAUAAACCAGAAAUGUAAAAAGGAAUUAUAGACUACAGCUUACUGUACUUCAACUAAAUCUUUCAAACAUAGGAACACUAGAAAACUGCGGAGUGAUUUCAAGAUUUAGAAAAUCAUCCCCUGUAAUGAUAUUUGCAUCUCCAGAAAAUAUAGAGCGUAUAAGAAAUUGACUAGAGCUUAAUGUUGAAAUUAUUUAUUUAUUUAUUUUUGCUGAAAUGAGACAUGUUAAAUUGAUUUGGUAAAGAUUUGUGAAAAUUUCUGACUAAAAUCUGAAGACGUUUUCAUUUGCACUGAUUGGACUAAAUUAAAUUUGACCAUAACAUGUUAUGCAAAAAUAAAACAGAUCAAUCUAGAUUAAUUUACAAGCUGAAGUGCUGAAUUGAACUGAAUCUCUUCUCGUCAACAAAUAGCUUUUUUGUUUUAAUAAACCAAAUAGCCUUAAUAAUAGAUGGUGGUUUUCCUUAUUGAAGUCAAAUAUUUUAUUUAACUAAUGUGACCACAUCUAUUCUUUUACCUUCACAAUACCAUGUGGACUACAGUCUACAGUACAACACACUCAUGCAUUACCCAACAUACACGUCUCAGAUAAUCAUGUUUGCUAUCUAUUCCAUCUCCUAUAGCUUUCAACAUUUUCACACAGCUUUUUCACUUGAGGUUAUAUAUUGGCAUACAUAUUGAAUUGUAAAUUAUUAAUGAUCAAGACUUUUUGUCUAACUGAUUUUUCUCAGCUCUUCUGUUAAUAGUCAUGACUUUUAGUCUAUAUUUGUGUGAUAUGAUCCAUCCACAAUACUAUUUGGUUUGUCUGAUAUUAUUUGUAUUUUUCUUUUGCAAUUUUCCAGAUUUUGAUGGCCUAGCAGUUUCCGAAAAGUUUUUUCAUAGUUUUUUGUAAUCUUACGAAAGAAAUAACAACUUUAUGUGCUCUACUGCUCAGGACAUUGCAAUGUAAGUGGUUUGACCUUUCUAUUCAUGCUGUCUUUCAAAUACAUGAACUCAAAUAAUGAAGCAAGGGGCAUUUGAUUUGGUGCAGUUUUCUUAAUGACUGAGUACAAUUUCAAUGCUUAGAGAACACGAGUGGAGCAAGGGACAACUCAAUCUGAUCUCUUUUUACAUAUUUUAUAUCUGAGUUUUUAUAUGAUAUUUUUACUGUUCAUUUGUUACUUCAGGGCAAUAUGAGAACCUUUAAAAUUUAGGGAUAAAAACCGUUUUGAUUCACAAUACUACUUCACAAAUUUAAGCUAUUAUGACGUACGAAUUGCCUUCUCCAGACUCCAAUCAUAUUUGUCAUUUGUGUGAUAUGAUCCAUCUACACAAUACUAUUUUAUUUCUCAGGAAGAAUUUGUAUAUCUUUCUUUUGCAAUUUCCAG